AUGGAGAAGCUGGCGGCUGGACUGGCCGGCCUGCGCUGGAGCAUGGGCGCCUUCCCCCUCGACCUCAUCGUCAGCCGCUGCCGCCUGCCAACGCUCGCCUGCCUCGGGCCAGGGGAGUAUGCUGAGGGCGUCAGUGAGCGAGACAUCCUGCUCAUUCACUCCUGCCGCCAGUGGACAACAGUGACAGCCCACACCCUGGAGGAAGGCCACUAUGUCAUCGGGCCCAAGAUUGACAUCCCCCUUCAGUACCCAGGGAAGUUCAAGCUCCUGGAGCAGGCCCGGGAUGUGCGGGAGCCAGUGAGGUACUUCAGCAGCGUGGAGGAGGUGGCCAGUGUCUUCCCUGACCGCAUUUUUGUGAUGGAAGCCAUCACCUUCAGUGUCAAGGUGGUGUCAGGAGAGUUCAGCGAGGACAGCGAGGUGUACAACUUCACGCUGCACGCGGGCGAUGAGCUCACUCUCAUGGGCCAGGCCGAGAUCCUGUGCGCCAAGACCACCAAGGAGCGCUCGCGCUUCACCACCCUGCUGCGCAAGCUGGGCCGGGCCGGGGCACUGGCCGGGGUGGGCGGACCGGGAGGCACUGGGGCCACGGGCGGGGGCGCCAGGCCCAUCAAAGGCAAGAUGCCCUGCCUCAUCUGCAUGAACCACCGCACCAACGAGAGCCUGAGCCUGCCCUUCCAGUGCCAGGGCCGCUUCAGCACGCGCAGCCCGCUGGAGCUGCAGAUGCAGGAGGGCGAGCACACGGUGCGCGCCAUCAUCGAACGGGUGCGGCUCCCGGUGAACGUGCUGGUGCCCAGCCGGCCGCCGCGCAACCCCUACGACCUGCACCCAGUGCGGGAGGGCCACUGCUACAAGCUGGUCAGCAUCAUCUCCAAGACCGUGGUGCUGGGGCUGGCGCUGCGCCGCGAGGGCCCGGCGCCGCUGCACUUCCUGCUGCUCACCGACACGCCGCGCUUCGCUCUGCCGCAGGGCCUGCUGGCCGGGGACCCGCGCGUGGAGCGCCUGGUGCGCGACAGCGCCUCCUACUGCCGCGAGCGCUUCGAUCCGGACGAGUACUCCACCGCCGUGCGCGAGGCGCCCGCCGAGCUGGCCGACGACUGUGCCAGCCCGCGCCGCGCGCGCCUUUGCCUGCCCGCGCCCCCGCGAGCCCCCGGGCUCGUCCGUGCCCCCAGCCCACCGGGCGACGGGGACCAGGAGUACGUGAGCCCCGACUGGGCCGGCGCGCCGGAGCCCGCGACCUCACCCGCGGAGAUCCCCUACGAGGAGCUGUGGGCGCACCAGGCGGCCGAGGGCCUACCUGAGGGCCGUCCCGGGCCGCCCCCGGGGCCCGACCUCAUCAACUUCGGGGGCGCUGGGCCGCCACGCCUGGAGCCCGAGGCGCCACCGCCUCCGGUCCCUCCCAAAUCCGAAGCUGUGAAGGAGGAGUGCCGCCUUCUCAACGCCCCACCUGUGCCUCCCCGGGGUGGCAAUGGCAGUGGCCGGCUCUCUGGCAGCCCCCCAGUGCCCCCACGCUUCCCCAAGCUGCAGCCUGUCCACUCGCCCAGCUCCAGCCUCUCCUACUACUCCUCUGGCCUCCAGGAUGGGACAGGUUCCCGCAGUGGCAGUGGCUCCCCAUCACCAGAUGCCUACUCCCUCUAUUGCUACCCAUGUACCUGGGGAGACUGCAAAGUGGGCGAGUCCUCUAGCCGCCCACCGCCGGGACCCCUGCCCUCCACCACGCAGCCCAGCCAGGCCUCGCGGGCCCUCGCAGAGCCCCUGCGCAGUCGAGCUGCCUCCCUGUUGGGGGCCGACACCCCUGUCAAGACCUACCACAGCUGCCCGCUUCUCAAGCCCUCUCACCCUCAGAAACGUUUUGCUCCAUUUGGAGCUCUCAACCCCUUUUCCGGGCCUGCCUGCCCCUCAGGCCCUUCAGCAGCCUCCUCUUCUGGGCCCACAACAGCCUUGGGGGCCCUGGCUACCUCCAGCCCUGCGUAUUCCCCAGGCCCAGGCUCGCCAGGCCAGGCCUAUUCAGCUGCUCCCACCUCCUCCUGCCCCACCUCCUCUUCCUCUUCCUCUGAGUGGCAGGAGUCAGCCCUGGAGCCCUAUGAUCCCUUUGAGCUGGGGCAGGGUGGUUCUCCAGAGCCUGAGCUGCUGCGCUGUCAGGAGCCCCGAGCCGUGGGGGUGCCUGGGCCUGGACCCUGCCUUUCACCACUUGGACCCCCCAAGGCCUUUGAGUCUGAAGGUUUAGUGCUGCGGCAGGUCCCCACCCCGCUGUCACCAGCGGCCCUGAAGGGGCCCAAGGCAGGUGGAGCAAGACUCCUUCUCACCCAAGGGCGCCUAGAAGCGCCUCCUGCCAGUCCCCGGGAUGGUGCCACGGGCUGGGGAGGCCGGGAUGCCGCCUGGCAGCCCCCUGCUGACCUGUCCGCACUCUCCCUGGAGGAGGUCUCUCACAGCCUGCGUUUCAUCGGGCUCUCAGAGGACGUGGUGAGCUUCUUUGCCCGAGAACGUAUCGAUGGCAGCAUCUUUGUACAGCUCAGUGAGGACAUCCUGGCAGACGACUUCCACCUCACCAAGCUUCAGGUCAAGAAGAUCAUGCAGUUCAUCAAAGGCUGGCGGCCCAAGAUCUGA